AUGGCGACCUUCAUGAAGAAGUUCAAGAGGAAGCGCAGACUCUCGACUGAGCUACACUCUCGUUGGGGCGAUGUUUCUAUCAGCUAUCCCACUCAAGGAUCCUGGAACCAGUGGAAUCAACCGGCGGGAUUUGUCGCCGAUGCACCAAGGGCCUCACCAAGCCGUCAUCGCGGUGAUGGGCAGCGAUAUACUCCAGCAGGCUCAGUACGGCAACAGAGUCCUAGCUCUAUGAAUCGGCGAUCCCAAAGCACAGGCCCUCGAGGAUCCCAGGUGGGACUCCAACCGCCCUUUCCCACAGGGCAUUUUGACGAAAACAUCCGGCGUCGCGGAGGAGAAAGAGAGAACCGCCCAUCGCCAAAUCAAGGACUAGGAAUUGGCGAUCUCCGAAAUGGACCAAGUGGACGCGUAUCAAGCCGUCGCGCUUCCAGUUUGCGCAGCGACGAAAGUAUCGUUGAUGAUUCUUGCGACGAAGAGGACGAACAACGAGAUACAUUAGGCGUUCCACCAGCGCGAUUGAGCCCUCGCGAUCCUCGAGACUACGAGAGUGAUAUGUCGCACACGCCACGCGAAACCAUUGAUUAUGAUAUCGCGGCGAAAUCUCCACCCCUCUCUGUAACCUCGCGCAUGCGCCGUUGCAGCUUCCAGAGCUGUGCGACGGACCCGAUGACCUCUGCGUCUGGCGCGCCUAGCUCCAGACGAACCAGUUAUACUGCUGCUUCCUCCGUCUCUGCUCCCUCUAUGCCACCCUCUACUCCCCGAUUUGCAUACAACACUGCGAACUAUGCUCCUGCGAACUAUACUCCCUUCCCGGAGAAGAGACAUCCUCCCCGGGCGAAGCAGCAGGAACCUGAGACCACGCUUCGGCAGGAGAUGGUCCCCUCUUACGAUGAACUAUAUGGUUGA